GUCUCACUCAGUCAGCUCUAUGUGUGGAUGUGCACAAGGCGUCUUAGCUGCUUCUCAGCAUAACUCAGCCAUGUGGACCACUGAGGGUGUUCCCAACAUUGAUCGCGUUACCACGGCGGCGGACGUGCAAGAUGCCGAUAUGACAACGUGGACCGAGGCAGAGUUUGAGGAAAAAUGCACCUACAUUGUGUACGACAGCUCCAUGGAGGGGAGUCCGGACAGCACCACUCUGACUCGGGCCGAGGCCUCACUGCCACGCAACCUGCUCUUCAGACAUCCUGCAGGCUCCACUGAGGUAAUUGGAGUGGAAAGCAAAGAGUACAUCCCGAAGGGGACUCGCUUUGGCCCCCUAGUGGGUCAGUGCUACACUGCAGAGACGGUGCCCAAGGAUGCGAACAGGAAGUACUUCUGGAGGAUCUACUCCAAGGGGGAGUUCCACCACUUUGUGGACGGGCUGGACGAGGACAAGAGUAACUGGAUGCGCUACGUGAACCCAGCUCACACACAGCAGGAGCAGAAUCUGGCCGCUUGUCAGAGUGGCAUGAACAUCUACUUCUACACCAUCAAGCCCAUUUUGCCCCAUGAGGAGCUGCUGGUGUGGUAUUGCCCUGAAUUCGCCCAGCGCCUCAACUACCCCCCGUCUGGAGAACUUAUGAUGCAGAAGCUCAAACAGACCCUGAUGGAGGCCAAGCGGCAGGUGGCCGAGCCGGUCCCACCCCGGGACAAGGGCAAGAGGGAGCACAGCGUCUCGGAGAUCCUGAAGGGGACUUCACAGGAGCCCAGCCGCCCGUUGGCCACGCGGCCCCCCCGCCCCGAGGGCUCACCGCCCAUCAAACGCAGCCCGGAGCGGCCGGUCUACCCUCGCGUCGUCUACCCGCUGCGGCCCCACGUCCCCGGAUUAAACCACAGCUACUUAGCCCACUCCCCUGGCCAGUCCUCGGCCACACCCAGCCCCACAGCCCGCAGCAGCCCCGAGAGCAGCCCCCACAGCAGUCCAGGGCUUACGCCCCUGACGCCUCCCUCGCAGGAGCAGAGGGAGGGGCUCCUUUUUACUCCUGCUAUAUAUAGCCGCGGUUUUGGACACUACCCUGCUUACCCCUCUCCCAGCCAUCUUUCAGCCGCUUUCUAUUCCAAUCCCCACUAUUCUCGCUACCUUUUGCCACACUACCAAAUGAGAUGCAAUGCAAUCAAUGGAACUCCAGGGGGCAGCAUAUUCCCUCACAUGUACCCUCUUUACAACAACAUUCUCCCCGGGGGCGGGCGUAUGCCCCACAUGCCCCUGCCUUCUAGCAUCCUGCCCCCUGACGGCGCUCGCCGUUUCGUGCUCUCUAUGCCUGACCCCCCACACCGUGACAUCCUACUGCCGGCGCCCACCAGCGCCUUCUCCGCGGCCACCUCUCUGAAGGACACGCCCCCCUGCGCCCCCAGCAGUGGGUCCCCUACAGCCGGCGCGGCGGCCACCACCGACUGCCUGCCCACCAAACCCACGCCAGCACUGCAGGCCGCUGCCCGCGCCAACGAGGAAGCGAUCAACCUCAGCAAAAUAAAGCGCAGUAGCACUGGCUACAAAGCACUGCCGUACCCCCUGAAGAAGCAGAACGGCAAGAUUAAGUACGAGUGCAACGUCUGCAGCAAGACCUUUGGACAGCUCUCAAACUUGAAGGUACACCUGAGAGUUCACAGCGGUGAGAGACCCUUCAAGUGUCAGACCUGCAGUAAAGGUUUCACCCAACUGGCUCAUCUCCAGAAGCACUACCUGGUGCACACCGGUGAAAAACCGCACGAGUGCCAGGUGUGUCACAAGCGCUUCAGCAGCACCAGCAACCUGAAGACUCACCAGCGCCUGCACUCGGGAGAGAAGCCCUACCAGUGCAAGCUGUGUCCGGCCAAGUUCACGCAGUUCGUCCACCUGAAACUGCACAAGCGGCUUCACACCCGGGACCGCCCCCACACCUGCCCGCACUGUCACCGCAGCUACAUCCACCUGUGUAGUCUCAAAGUCCACCUCAAGGGCCACUGUACGGCUGCCCCUUCCCCACCGGGACGCCCUCUUGACCAGCUCAACCGCAUCAAUGAGGAGAUCGAGCGGUUCGAUCUCAGCGACAAUGCAGACCGCCUGGAGGAGAUGGACAGCGUCAACGUGGAGAACGUGGUGGAGAAACAGAUCCUUGGCAUGAUCUGGCGGGAGAUGGACCUUAAGGCCUCCUACCACAAGGGCGGUGCCAGUGAGCUGCUUUCCACUGGGUAUGGCCUCUAUGAACCUGGUAGCGAGGCCUCGGUUAUCAAGUUGCGUUGUGGGAGCCCUCUGUCUCUCCUCCCAGUCAAAGUAAAACAGGAAUCUCUGGAACCCAUGAACCCUUGAAGCCCCCCAUGAUGACCUUCACUGAAGGAACUGUGACACACAAACUGACUGUGCUUGUUGAGAGCCAGGAAACUCAGAGCAAUCAGUGUACAUAGUCUCCUUUUUGUUAACAAGGCCUUGGCUGCUCUUUCAGGGACUUUUCUACUCAGGGCUAAAAAAAGGCAUUGCCUCAGACUACUCUCGGUCUUGUGUUUCUUCCAAUGUUAGACAAUCGUACUUCCAAUAUUGUUUUCAUUAUUUCAGUUAUUUGGUUCAGUUAUGAUGUAUUAUUAAUUUAUUAUGCAAUUUUGACAUUGUCGACAGUGAAAUUUUGGAAAUAUUGUUUACAAUGACUGGGUAACUCAUUGUAAUUGUGUUUUUAUGUUUUCCGUCUGUGACCAUUCUUUUGUAGAUAUUUUCUCUUUUGUUGUCUUAGUUUGCUUAGAUCAUUGAAAGAGAUCUGGAUGAUUCAGUAUUCAUGGUUUGUCUUUAUUUCUCCUCAAUUAGAUUGACUUGUUUUGCAUUGCCAAAUGUAGACAUUUGAAAUGCUGAACUAAGGGAUGAUUUAAUGUAAAAGUUCUGCUCUUGUCUUGCGUAGCUGCCCCGUACGUAAGGUGUUCUUAGUAAUUGUAUUUCUGUUAAAUUCUAGUUAUAUUUAAUUGAAACGAGGGCAUUUUUGUAUAUUUUCAACAACAGUUACCUCAGUGUAUGAGUCCAGAUGGAAGAGAGAGGCUGUAAUAUUUAUUGCUUUGCUACUUGAAGGUGAGGAAAGAUAAACCAAAAUGAAAAAGAUAAAUGUAGCAUAUCAGCUGAAGAGCUGGGAAUUCUUUAUUUAUAGUCCGCUAAUGAUAUAUUUUGUCGAUACCAAAAUUGAGAAUUUGAUACAAAGACUAAUUGAGCUUUUGGAUUUGAAGCUAGUUACCAAAAUUUAACUUGGUUUUGUUUCAAGCCCCUCCCCCCAAAAAAUCUUAAUUUGGGGGGGAGGGAUGGGGGGGGGGGCAAGAGAACUCUAUGUGUAUAUAUUGUGUUCCUGGAUUGUGAUCUGUUCUGUAGAAACUUUUUUCACGUUUGUUUUCUGUUCAUUCACUUGCUGUUGUGAGUAGCACAGACCAAAGCACUCCAGCCACCAUUACUGGUUUUUCUGCCAGUGCUUUUCUCAUACACAAUUUCGGAUUUUUUUAAAAAUAUAUACAGUAUAUAUAUAUAAAAAAUUAUAUCAUUUUUAAGAUUUGUCUCCAACAACAUUGUGCCUGUUAGUGAGAGCAGGAGUCCUGUGUUAAACAUGGCAGGUUCUGCCUAUUUCUGAACUUAGACCAAAGUUUCACUCUUACUGCUUUAAUAAUUGGAGUACAACCGUUUCUUAUGUUUACAUACCCGUUUACAUAAUUAUUUAUGUGCGACAUGUCAAAAUGUUAAUUAUGAUAUAAAUGUUCAUCGCUAUA